AUGUCAUCGCCGCACACCCUCAGCUUCAUUGAAGCAACCGAAGCUCGCCGUUCAGUCCGCAGCCUCAUCCCCAAAUCCACCGUCCCGGACAAGGAGAUCGUCGAACUAGUUCGGCAAGCCCUCCUUGUCACUCCGACUGCAUUCUCCAGCCAGACUGUCCGGGCCACACUCCUCCUCCACGAUGACCACGCCAAGCUGUGGACGAUCACUGGCGAUGCCUUGAAGGCCAAGAUCGGCCAGGAGCGGUAUGAUGCAACGACAAAGUCCAAGAUUGAAGCGUUUGGGCAAGGAUACGGCACGAUCUUGUUCUGGGACUCGGGUGACGCGGUAGAGAAUUUCAGAGAGAACUGUCCAAAGAGCUAUAAGGACAAGGUCGACGAGUGGGUUCACCAUGGCAUGGGGAUUUGCCAGUAUCAUCUGUGGGUUGGGCUGGUGGCCUUUGGACUGGGAGUCAAUCUGCAGCAUUACAACCCGCUGAUCGAUGAGGGUGUUCGGAAGGAGUGGAAUUUGCCGGCAGACUGGCGGUUGAGGGCACAGAUGGUGUUUGGUGUCGCUGCACCGGAUGUGAAACCUGGUCCGCGAGGCCAGAAGUACCCGAUCGAGGAGAGAUUUCAGGCGUUCGGUGCGCAAUGA